UUCUUAUUAAAUUAUAGAAUCCCAUUUUAAUUAAGUAUUUUAAACCUAUUUUCCAAGCUCAACUUUUGCCAGACUACUACGGCGCCUUUUUCUUCUAACAACGCUCUGCGGCUUAUCGCUCACCCAAACCCUGACUCACCGAGAGCGGCACUUGUUGAAUCUUUGCAAAGACCGCUUCCCCAGCUUUUCUAACCUCUCACCUACAUUCAUCGCAUCAAUUGAUCCGUGCAGGCCACUAUGAUGAAGUUUACCCGAUCAUACUCUGCUAGCAUUAGCGGAGCCAUUCCUCAGGCCAAAUUGAAAUACAUCCCGUCGUCUGGAACGUAUCCCAAGGGCUUCGCUGCGUCUGGUGUCUACGUUGGCGUAAAGCCUGGCAACACCAGCAAACCGGACCUUGCUCUCGUCACGUCGGACCGUCCCUGCGCUGCGGCUGCUGUUUUUACAAAGAACAAAUUCCAGGCUGCACCUGUGAGCUUCAGCCGCAAGCUACUCCAGAACAAGGCCAAUGCCGGCAUCAGAAGCGUCAUUAUCAACUCUGGUAAUGCCAACGCCGUUACCGGCACCGGCGGUCUGCAAGAUGCAGCCAGUAUGGCCAAAACAGCCGACCAGCGUGCCGGAGAGGAUGAUUCGUCCAUUGUCAUGAGCACGGGAGUUAUCGGCCAGAGACUGCCGAUUCAGAAGAUUGUCGACCAUAUCCCCAUGGCCUACCACCAGGCUGGCGAAUCACACAAGCACUGGCUCAGCUGCGCUACGGCAAUUUGCACAACCGACACGUUUCCAAAGCUCAUGUCCCGAUCAUUCGAGCUUCCCUCGUCGCCUGGCGUAGAAUACCGCAUUGCUGGCGUCACCAAGGGCGCCGGCAUGAUUGCCCCCAACAUGGCAACGCUGCUUGGUGUCCUCGCCACCGACGCCCCCAUCUCACCGAAAAUCAUGAACCCGCUCCUCAAGUACGCUGUUGAUCGUUCUUUCAAUUCGCUAACCAUUGACGGUGAUACUUCGACCAAUGAUACCGUGGCAUUACUUGCCAAUGGCGCUGCAGGUGGUAAGGAGGUGGCUUCUGAGUUGUCCCCCGACUACGCUGCAUUCCGUGACGUCUUGACCGAUUUCUCAGCCGACCUCGCCAAAUACAUUGUUCGUGAUGGAGAGGGUGCUACGAAAUUUGUCACUAUCCGCGUCGUUGACGCCGCCACUGAAGAUGGUGCUCGUCAGGUUGCUCGAUCCAUUGCCCUGUCUCCGCUGGUGAAGACGGCCCUCUACGGCAAGGACGCCAACUGGGGCCGCAUUCUGUGUGCGGCUGGGUAUGCAUUAAUCUCUCCCCCAACUGCGCCUGUGAAUGAGGUAGAGGACAUCACUCCAGAACGCACCAGCGUCUCGUUUAUUCCUACCGACGGCUCUGCCGAGCUCAAGCUCCUUGUCAAUGGUGAGCCGGAGCAGGUGGAUGAAGCUCGUGCUAGCGAGAUUCUCAACAUGGAGGACCUUGAAAUCCUCGUCCGCCUUGGAACUGGUGAUAAGAGCACAACGCAUUGGACCUGCGACUUCAGUCACGACUAUGUCACCAUCAACGGCGACUACCGAACAUAGAUUGGAAAUCAGGAGCAUGGCGUUAUCAUUUCGUAAUCAUAUAUAUUACUUGGGAGUCUAUCAAUAAUAAAUCUAACCAUCAACGUACGUACGUGCAUGUAUCUCAAAAUGACACGCGCAACUCUUCGUUUCCUCGCUCCUAUAGUACACAGUGACGCUCUUGCACCUGAUCUCAUCUGUAUCUCUUUACGCAGUCAAGGUACCCUUUGUGCUGGGAACCUCGCCCUCCUUGCCUGCAACUCGUGACGUAGCUUGGCGAACAGCAAUAGCAAGAGCCUUGAAGGCACUCUCUGCGCGGUGGUGGUCGUUAUCGCCGUGCAGGCAGUGGACAUGAAGAGUCACACGGGCACCCUGCGCAAAGCUCUGAAGGCAGUGAGGGACCAUCUCGCAGCUAAGCUUGCCGAGCCACUCGCGCUUAAGACCAAGGUCAACAACACUGUAGGGUCUGUUGGAAAGAUCGAUGACGGCGCGGGACAGCGCUUCGUCGAGGGGAGCGUAGGCGUAACCGAAACGAGCGAGACCGGUGGGUGCUCCGAGAGCCUUGGCGAAGGCGUAGCCAAGGGCGAUGCAAACAUCUUCGGCAGUGUGGUGGUCGUCAACUAAGGAAGAAUCAAGAUAUGUCAGCUAACCAAAGAACUAUCGUCAAAUGCGCAGGUGGCGGUAGGUGGGUGGCAACGGACUGUGAAGAUCGCCAACACAGUUAAUGGCGAGACUCCAGCCGGCGUGCUUGGCAAGAGCGUGGAGCAUGUGGUCGAGGAAACCGAUGCCCGUAUUGACGGCUAUGGUCUGCGACUUGGAGUUUUGCGAGGCGUGAGCCGCAUCCUCACUCAAGAGGCGGGAGUCGGUGUCGGGAGGGAAUGUGCCGCCGUCGAGGUUGAUGGCAAGCUGGAUCUUGGUCUCGUUUGUGUCGCGGGCCAUGGCGGCCCAUCGGGGGGCGUGAGUAGCAGCAGCAGCCAUUUUGAUUGCAAUUGGGGUGUUUUGAGGCGGAGGAUGCAGAAAGAACAAAGGUUGGUGAGGGAUGGGAGGCGGUGGCGGGCAAAUCAACGUGGGCUGUUUCUGC